AUGCUUCUCCAAUUAACACGCAGCGUGGCGAUCGCCUUCCUCGCGACGACGGUCGCAUCAUCCCCAGCGGUAAACUGGUAUACGGGAAGGACCUAUAUCGCACGACCAGACCUUCGCGCGUACCCACACAAUAGCGGUCGGCAGAUCCCUCCCUCGCGUACGAGGACCAUAGAGUGCUUCGUGAAGCCCCAGAGGAACAGCAGCGACGAUGCGCCCGCAAUCUUGCAGGCGUUUAAAGACUGUAAUGGCGGCAGCACCGUCGUCCUGGACGCUAAUUACACCAUCGCCACCGCGCUGGAUCUGACGUUCCUAAACAGCGUCGACGUGGCACUCUCGGGGACCAUCAAGUUCGGCGGCACUAUCGACUACUGGACAGCCAAUGCGUUCCGGUAUGCCUUCCAGGACUCGAGGGCGUACUGGAAGAUCGGUGGGAAGGACGUCAAUAUCUUUGGCGGUGGCGUGGGCCUGAUUGAUGGCAAUGG